ACACUCGUGGAUCGAUUGCUCACUACUGCCGCAUCCUUUUCCAAAAAAAAAAAAAAAAAUUAAAAAAAGAAAGGCAGGCAUCUUCACUAAACCCUCUCCAGUCCUGCUGCUUAACAACAAAUCGGAUUAUUUAAUGAGGUAAAAGAAGCUGAAGGCGCAGAUAAUAUGAUGAUUUUGUACUUAUGUGACAUCGGGACCCCCUCAUACUAUGAGGACUGGCUGAGGAAUCAAGGACAGAGGAGAGACAGCUGAGUUGAUGGAAAGGAGAAGGAACCAAGCCUUCCUUUAGCCUAAGUGCUAAAAGGGUAAAAGAGGAUGAGCCAUCAGAUUUGCAUAAUGCAAAGUGUAUGGGGGCUCCUUCUGCUAUGUCCCAUGUCGUGGACAUCAGAGCCCAUAGUCAUGGAACUGGAAGCCUCAAUGCACUCCACUCUGCUCUCGGACGUGCAGGCGUCAAUAUCCAGGGUGUCAACAGUGUCGGACUCUGUUGCAGUGGUGGGCCAGAUGUUCAGGAUGAGGAUCCCUCUGGUUUCAGAAGACUGUAGCGCCAUAGACAUUUUGUCUGGCAUUGGCAGUGCCGCAUUCCCCGAGUGGCUUUAUUGGGACAGUCAGCUAUGUCUUCUUCAAGGUCUACCACUAGAGGGGGAUAAAGGUCUGUAUCGUUUCAGCUUGUCUUCAGAAGCCUUACAAAGUCAUGACGGCAGCAUUCACAGUCACCUACUUCUCAGUGGAACCAAACUAAGCAGUAGCUCUUACACCAAUGCCCGGCAACCGGAUGUCUUCAUUAUCACAGUACACUCAGAGGAUCAACAGGACAUAGAAUCUCUUCCGUUGGCACUUCAGACACAGUUUAAUGAAACAAAUCUGUGUAUUUGUUCAAGGUACCAGCCAGCCACUGUGCUAACUAUAAUCCUGGAUGCUGACCUCACAAAGAUGAACUCCAGGGAGCGACUGGUGCUGCUGCAGAAAAUGACUCUUUUUGCUAACGAGCCACCAGAGCGAAUGCGCGUCAAGCCAGUUAUCAACAACCGUUUUUUUGAUAUGACCGCUUUUAUGGCUGGACCAGGCAACGCAAAGAAGGUGGUGGAGAACGGUGCUCUGUUAUCAUGGAAACUGGGUUGUGCACUUGACCAAAGCAACCUGCCUGAUAUUAGUGGGGUCCAGGUGCCAGCAAAAGAUGGCACUAUGUCAACUCUACUGGGUUACCCGGUGGUUGGCUGGUACAUUGUCAAUAAGAAACCUCAGGUGGUCAAGCGAAUCAGAAGACAGGUCCAUAACACUCCAACACCUGUGCCUUCCCAGUUUCCUCCAACCACUCACUUAGUUCCCGCAGAGCGUAUUGUGCCUGCUCCGGCUUCACCUUUUAUUGCUCCCUCUACUAACCUGUUGGUAAAUCCUGCUCGUGGUCCUUUGCCUUUACCAGUUAAACCUACCAUCCGUAUGCGGGAUCAGAUAGCUUACACACCUGUCCUGAGCCAGCCACUACCCACUCAAGUCCUGGGCAGUACUAGCACUCUUACCCUGCAACCGACACUGACUCGCCCUGGUUAUGUGGAGCCUACUGCCUCUGUUACUCCUCCAACAACUCGCAGACCCAAGAUCUCCACCUCGAGAAAGGGUAAGAAAGCAAAGAACACACCGAUGCCUAAAGAGCCAAAAACUACAGAUGCAUCUUCCAGCAGUCCAGUGACAAACCAAAAGCCUCAGUUACAUAACUCCAUUGGUGAAGUGAAAGUUUGGGUUGGGACAUACUUUGAGGUGAAGAUUCCAGCUAAUACAUUCUUUGAUCAGGAAGAUGGAAACACAGAAAUGUUACAGCUAUCAUUGCAACAGAAUCUCUACCAGCCACUUGAUCAGGGCUUUUGGAUACAAUUUAACAGCAGUGGUCAGCUUCUCUAUGGUCUUCCUGACCAGACCCAUGUUGGCAGACAUCAAUUUUUAAUGAUAGCAAUAGAUAAAGAAAAUUCAAGCACCAUGGAUGCUUUUGAGGUUCUUGUAAAUCAUUGGCCAGUUGAUGACCAAGCACCGGUUGUUUUUACUGCUCGCUUUCAAGGAGAACUUAAAAUGUUGACUGACGAUAUCCACAAGAAAAUACUAUUUUGCAAGAAACUUGCCUCUGCAUUGGGUGAUCACAACUGCAGUUCUGUCACUCUAAGAAAUAUCUCAAGCGGUUCUAUUGUGGUAGAAUGGACCAAUAGCAGCUUGCCUAAAAAUCCUUGUCCAGUAGAACAGAUUCAGGAGAUGUGUCUGAGGAUUUCAGAUGCUCAAGGUCAUCCCACACCUAUUUUUUACAGUGCAAUGGAGCCAGAGUUCAAACCUAUUAACAUUGGGGCUCGUGGUACCAACAAAUGCCAAAGGUUUUCAUUUCUGCCACUAGGAGAGGUCUCCAUUCCUGUAUCACCAGAGAAUAUUUCUUUUCCUGUGCCAUCCCCAGUCACACCGUCAACUAGCUCAGGCUGGCACAGCAGCGAUGAUGUCUAUUUGCACACAGUUAUUCCAUCUGUGGUCGUAGCUGCCCUGCUGCUCACAGCUGGUUUCAUUGCAAUGGUUUGCUACCGGAAAAAACGGCGUGGAAAAUUGACCACAGAAGAACAGGCCACUUUCAUCAAAAAGGGAGUACCUAUCAUUUUCGCAGAUGAGAUGGAUGAUGCUAAAUCCCCACCCUCUUCCAGCAUGCCAUUAAUCUUGCGUGAAGAGAAGCCACCUAUGUCACCUCCCCAUUAUGCAAGUUCAGCCUGUGGAGAAGUCCAUCAAAUCCUUGAGGAAUAUAUCUCCUUCAGUGAUGAUGACCCCAGUGCUCCUCCUUAUCAGCCUCCCCCUCCUUUUACAGUUCCUCUAGAGGGCAGGGGCUCUCGGCCGAAGAAUAUGACAGCCUACAGGUGUCCACCACCCUAUGUGCCCCCCUAAUAGCAAACUAGACAGUCUCUACUAGCUCAUAGUAAACAUUUUAAGAAAAGACAUAGUCCAAAUAUGGAAUAGAUGAAGUGACUGGUUUUUAUGUGUGUGAAUAAAGCCCUUGAUGUCAAGGCAUGCUGGAUUAUUGUAACUCGAAUGAGUGAGCAGUGCACUCAAAAAAAAAAAACAUGAUAUUUUACAGGCCAAAACUUGGACCUUGCAUCAAUCUCUGACUCAUGUCUAAAUCAGUUCAUUACAGAGCAGUAACUAGGAUGUACAGGUUCAGAAAGAGGUAAAAUUCAAUACUUACGAACUGUAUUUCAAAAUGACAGACUUAAAUGCUCUGAAGCAUCUACUGCCCCGGAAUGUCCCACAUACUGACGGUGAGCUAGAGCUCCUGAGCAGAGACGAGGCACUGCCUAAACACAUUUGGUGUCUGUAUAGUUGAUGUUUCUGAUUUUUUUUUUUAUAAUGAUAUUUUUUAAUGUCUUUACUUGCCUGGAAGCAACAUUUCUAUGAAGUAUUAUGUUUCUAUGUUAUAAAUAAAAUAAAAGGCAAAUCACUGGUUAUAUCAAUUGGAUCAUGAACAGCCUUAUAGGCAGAUAGACAUUUGUGUAAACGAUCAUUUCAGCCUAAUAUAGAAUCUCUUUAACCUUUGUAUGCAUUGCAGAUCAAAAGCUACCUUGUCAUUAAAUUUGUUCAUCAAAUCACUGUCUAAAUUAAUUUGCAGAAAUGCCCAGACUCCUCUGAAAUCCUCGAAUCCACCAAACUCUUUAAACACAGGUUUUUCGACAAAAGGUGAGAAUUAAUAAACUGCUGAAUCUUUGUAGCCAAUAAAUAAUCCAAUUUUU